GUGGCCCAAAGAGAUAUGACCCGACUGGACCCUGCCUCCCAACGUGGUACUGAAAGCUCCUGGAUGGAUGAGAGGAGGAGCAGGUCCCGCAGGGCAUCAGAGUCCAGAGGCGACAGGGAAAAAGAGAGUGGCUACUUCUCUCCAGACAGAAGAGGCGAUAGAGAUCGGCAAACGGAGGAAGCCAACAAACGAAUCUAUCGUUACUACGAAAGAGGGCAUCCUCUUCCCAGCAACUAUGUUCUUGAGCCCAAAGCCUGCGUCCCCUACAGGAACGUCAACCUCGGCUUGCCGUCACAGAGGAGGAACCCAGAUACGUAUUUGCAGGAAGCUUGGAGAAGUGAAUCCCCAGAAAGAUACACGUAUCACUCCAACUUUAGACGGGGGACUGAUUCAGAGAGGAAUUCGCCAACGCGCCACAGCUCUGUCAGCCCAGAUCGCUACAAGCUUGCUGAAUCCCCUGCGGGAACCCAGAGAAGGAGCUCCCUCUCCCGGAUUCAGCCUCGGUCUCACGCCUCCUCUCAGCUUCCUUCACAUGUUCCCUCUCGGCAUACAUCCGGCAGAUCCAGUCCGUCCCGCAGGAGGGGGUCCAUUGCCGCUCGGACUGCCUCACCCCCGAGGGCCAGCCCAGCUCACAGGCGCACAGACUCUUCGCAUCUACAGAACGGUCAGUAUGAUGCUCAGAUGGGAUGCAGCCCACAGUUGAGGAGUUCAUCACAAGCGUCAAACAAACACAGCUUGGACUCUGAGAAACUCUACAGGAAUCUAGAGUCAAUCUCACGCCGUGGAUCUUCAGCCAUCCAGCGAAACUCGUAUGAGGGAUCUCAAGCAACUCCCAGAACCAGAACCGCUGUCAACAGCUCGGCCAACACUCGGUCUCGCAACAGCCGUGAGGUAUCCCCGCCCAGGAACGGCUACAGCACUCACAGCCACAGCCCUCAGAGGGAGGCCUACUCCAGAGAAAGCAGACUGAGUCCUUCUCAAGGCUCCUGGCAGGGGUCCGCUCACUCUUUACUCAGCCUCCCACCCUCUCGUGGUUCCUCCUCAUCAAGGCGAGGUGUGGACUCUCAGGUGCUCGGUGGUUUGCUGUCACAUGUUGCAGUCACAGAAACUGAUAAAGGCAGUGAGAGGAAUAAUGCAGUCAGCGGUGAGAGAAGCCGGAGCAGCAUAAGGCGAGGCAUGGACGCCUUACUGAUCUCUGAACCUAAGAAGGCAGCAGUGGAAGUGGAGCAGGUGGGGAUGACCAUCGACGACUACAUCGUUCUGGCUGAUAUUCCAAAGAUCCUGCUGGAGUCAGAAGAAGAGCCUCCAGGGCUGAGGAGGAGGAACCAGAGCCCCAGUCCAUGUAGGAAUCAGCUUCGGACUUACAGAAAUCAAGAUGAAAUAGACAUCUACAGUUCGAGGAUUGAGUCAGACAAGAGGGGGAGAGGCAGAGAGAGAGGCAGAGACAGACGAGAGAAAUGUCGGGACUCUGAGAACGGGCGAUCAUCUCGAAGGCAGUCAACUUCAUCUCUUCGCACACAGAGUUCAGAUAAUCAGAGUGGAAAACACAGAUCCUCAAAGGUGAAGGAGCGAGCUCCUACUGGAUGCCCGCAGACACAGGGAUGGAUGUCCAGACUGGAUGAACAUGGCAAGUGGAUGAAACACUGGUUUGUUCUGGGUGAAACUUCCCUGAGGUACUACAGAGACUCAGAGGCUGAGGAGUCAGAUGAUCUAGACGGAGAGAUCCACCUGAGGUCCUGUGUGAACGUGUCAGACUGUGAUGUAGAGAAGAACUAUGGACUCCAAAUACAAACAAAGAGAGCAGUGUUCACUCUCUCUGCUAUGACCUCCAGAAUACGGCGGAACUGGGUGAAAUUACUAAAGCAGGCGAUCCAGAACAACACGCACCAAUCAGACACCGGCAGCGAGAAAGAGAACCCCCUCUCCCGCAGACCGUCGUCAUGCCAACCCCUUGCUCGGUUCACCUGCCAGGACUCCGGCUAUGAACCCGCCAUUUCCACCUCCAUCGCCACAGCUGCAAACUCCCAUCGGGCCGGCCACCACCACCAAAGUGUAGACGGGGAUCUGGACUUGUUUCCAGCCAGUCAGAGAGAGGAAGGGGAGGGCUGGGACCGCGAGCAAGCGAAGCGAUUGGAGGAGAGGAACAAGUGGUUUGAGGAGGGGGUUCCUUUAGGUGAGAUGGGCAGCAGGUGGGACUCCAUGGAGCUGAAGAGGGGGAGUGUGCCUGUGCCUGUUAUAGACACCAUGGACUCAGAGGUCAGCCGGAAGUGGGCAGAACUUGAGAAAAUGUCCUUUAGUGACUUGAGCGCGCAGUCUCUCAUUGGAGCACAGGCUGAACAGUCAAACACCCAGCGGGCAUCACAGCAGGCGUACCAGUCGAGCCCUGAAGAGGGCGAACAGUCUGUCACUGUGUCAGAAACUGAUAUAUCGAGCUCAAAGGGAGCUCUUCCAACUAUAAAUGGAGCCCAAACCAUUCAAACCAACACAGCUGAAGCACUUCAAAAGGAGGCUCUCUCUCUUCGAAAACAAGUGGAGAGCAUUAAGAGGGAGCGCGCGGCCAUGGGGCUCGAGGUGGAGAGCCCGUGCGGCCCCCGGGCUCCCUGUAGGGCCAGACUAGAAGCAAUGGAAGCAGCGCAUCAGAAAGCAUUGCAGGAGCUGCAGGAGAAACACACGAGGGAGAUCAGGGAACUGGAGGAACAGAGAGACAGGAUGCUGCAGGAGGAGAGCAAGACGGCUGCUAAAGCGAUGGAGGCACUGAGAGCAGCUCACAGAGAGGAGCUGGAGAGAGAGGUGGAGAAGGCCAGGAGGUUAGCUGGAGGAGCUGAACAUGUGGAUACUUUGUACCACAUGCCCCCGGCAGAUGUCUUGCAUAGUGAGUUAGAUGUGUUGUCAGAGCACUACUCUCAGACGUGCCUGCAGCUGAGCCGCGCCGAGCAGAGCAGCAGGGGCCGAGAGACUGACCUUGGCCGCAAGGAGAGAGAGCUGGAGCAGCUGAGAAGAGAGAACCAGGAGCUUAAGGCCAAACUGGCUGAAGAGAUCAGCCGCAUGCGAUACUUCAUCACAGGCCAGAGGUCGGACAUGGGAUCUCUUGGCAAUACUGAGCGCUCUGCGUCAGAAGUGGAGACCUUACUAAGGGCAAAAGACAAUGAGGUGCAGUAUCUUCAGAAAGAAAUCAGCUGUCUACAGAAUGAAGUUCAGUCUCUUACCAAGGAGAAAGAAGCAGCUUAUGAGCGUUACAAGUUGGCGUACGUCGAGCUGAAUGAAAUGAGGGGUCGUAGCCAGUUGGAGAGGGGCUCCCUCAAUGAACACUUGAGACUGGCCAAUGCUGUACUGCAGGAGGGAGCGAGGGAGACCUGACCAAUAAGGACAACUGUUUAG